CCUUCGUAUUGUUCUGUGUAAAGACCUUUGGAGCCCUGCCUGCUCAGCUGCCCUGCCUGCUCAAUGGCAGCACACACCUUCUUGAUAACAGUGUCAUGGGUCCCGCCCUGAGCAACUCUGCUGCCUUGUGUGUUACCAUGUUCUGCAGCUGAUGCUGACCAUCGGUUGGUGCUGCUGUACCUGGCAAACGACAUCCUCCAAAACAGCCGCAGGAAGAGUGCCGACAUGUUUGGGGAGUUGUUCCGUGAUCCUCUGCGGCAAGUCGUGCCCCACAUCUGUGGGCAGAAGAUCCAGAGCUCAGUGGAGAGGAUGCUCAGAAUAUGGCGGGAGAGAAAGGUCUACGACAAGGCCUUUGUGAAACACUUGGACCAGCUACUGUGUGGUAGCCAGUCGGAAGAAGAAGAAGAAGUUGCUGAGACAGCAGUGAGCGUGACCACGCCUCCUCCAGAGCCAAUGCCUGAUUUCAAGGUUUGAUGGUCGUAUUAGUUAACAACUCUUCUAUUGUCACUACAUUCUCCCCACCCAUUGUACUGUGUCACUGUAGCUGUCUCUGUUGGAGGAUGCAGUGCGGGAGCUGAGUAAGUUCCAGGGAGAAAUGAGAGUCAAAGAAUCCAGUGUUGACAGUCUGCCAAUGGAUGUGUGGGAUUCCUCCAGUCUCAGUCUUCUCAA